UUCACCAGUUCCAAAGCAAUUUCAAGCUUGCGCAGCCAUCACAGCAUCUGGCUUUCACAGCGCCGAGGCUAAUUGGGCGUGAUUUUCCUUUCUCCGACCUCCCUCCCCUGCUCCUUUACCGUCCGCCCGUUAAUGCCCCCAGAUCCGCCAUGUCGGUCCGUGUUGUUGCCAGAAUCCGUCCGCUGCUCGAAAACGAGCUGGAAAAGGACGUCAUUGUGCGUGCAGACCGCAUUGCAGAGGGAAGUCCCUUGACAGUGGUCAAGAUCCCCAGCCCCAAAAACGAGGCCGAAGAGUUCUCGUUCGCAUUCAACAGCGUCUAUGACCGGGCCACGAGCCAGGAGGAGCUCUUCACAGCCGAAGUGGCCCCACAUAUCAAGGCGCUCUUCCAAGGCUUAGAUGUGACAAUCUUCGCCUACGGCGUCACCGGCACCGGCAAGACGCACACGAUGCGUGGCGGGUUGAGACUCGCUGAGCGCGGGGUGAUACCCAGACUGCUCAGCAACGUCUUCCGGAGGGGAAAGAAGAUCAUGAAGGACACCAACGGGAAUACAACCGUCGAAGUUGCCCUGUCAUACUACGAGAUCUACAACGACAAGGUGUACGACCUGCUCGAGCCGCCUGAAAAGCGGACGCCCGCUGGCCUCCCUCUGCGGGAGAAGGACGGCAAGACGAUCGUGGUCGGACUGUCAGAGCGCUCGUGCGGGGAUCUCAAGGAUUUCGAGAGGAUUUACCUCGAAGCCAACAACAACCGCGUCACGGCCGCCACCAAGCUCAACGCGCACAGCAGCCGGAGCCACGCCAUCUUGCGGGUCAAGGUGACGCAGACGACCGGCGACAUGGUCAAGGAGAGCACUGCCUCCGCAAUUGACCUGGCCGGAUCCGAGGACAACCGCCGAACCGACAACGGCAAAGAGCGGCUGGUCGAGUCGGCGGCCAUCAACAAGAGCCUGUUCGUGCUGAGCCAGUGCAUCGACGCCAUCUCGCGGGGGGACAAGCGCAUACCGUAUCGCGAGUCCAAGAUGACGCGGAUUUUGUCGCUGGGCCAAAACAACGGCAUCACCAUCAUGAUCCUCAAUCUGGCUCCGGUACGCAGCUACCACCUCGACACACUGAGCAGCCUGAACGUCAGCUCCAGAGCAAAACGCAUCGAGGUGCGCGAGAUCGAGAACGAGGUCGUCUUCAAGCAACCUCCGCGCACCAAUUCUGCCUUGGGAGGGGUUGGAGGUGGGACAAAUAUCCAGCGGCAGCCCCUCCGGCCGUUGGCCAACGCGCACAACGUGCACACCGGGGCCCUCGCGGCGGCGGCAGCAAAGGCGGCUGAAAAGCCCGACAAGCCCGUCAAAGCGUUUAGCGUGUACACGGACAAGAAACCCGCCGCCGUCUCAGCUCGUCCCGUGGUCCCGGCAACGGCCAACUCGUCGCAGCCUCGACAGCCGGUCGUCGCGCCGCCGCCUAAGAGAGCGUCCGAAUCGGCGGCUGAUUUACGCCCGUCCAAGCUUGCACGCCCGACGCAGCAGCAUGCUCUAUCCCGCCCACCACAAGUGCAACAACAACAAGUCCCCAUCUCAGCCGCACAGAUCGAGGCCAUGGUGGAGAAGAAGGUAGCCGAGAUCCUAGCCACACGCACCAUGGCUCUUCCUACCCAACAACCAGUCCCUACACAGCCACCACAACCACAGCCGGAACAGGCCGAGCCCAUACCCAACCAGAACCAGAACCAAAUCAGCGAGGAAGUCCAGCGCCGACUGGAAGCCCUCGAGCGGCGCAUCGAAAACGAGUCACGGAAGGAUGGUGGUGGAAGUGGGCGAUCCGAAGGGCUACGGUUCCUGCUGCAGGCGCGGCAGGCCAAGGAAUGCGGCGACGACGCGGCGGCGCUGCAGUUUUAUGAGAAGGCGCUGCCGUUUUUCCCGGGAGAGAAGAAAUUGUUGGGGAAGAUUGAGCGGUUACGGGUCAAGUUGGGGAUUACCACCGCCAAGGCUGAGGGUGAUAGCCUACCUGAGCGGAGUGGGCGGAAGGAGCGGAAGAGGCGAGAUGGUGGUGGUUAUGAUGGAGAUGGGCAUGGGGAUUAUCAGGAUGGGACUGAGGCUGAUGUUGACGACGACGAGGGGGGAAAGCCUAGUCGGGUGAAGGCGUCAAGGAAGAAAGGAUCCUCUUCGUCAUCGUCAUCGUCUUCCGAUUUGAAGCAGGGCGCUUCAUCGGCAGGUCACGACGGGGAGGACGUCCCUGCCACGCCGCGGACGAAAAAGUUGCUGGAUAUUGUCAACUCGCGCGACCUGGCGCUGAUCAAGGGGUUGCAUGGUUUUGGGGCGAAGAAGGCGCAGGACCUGAUCGACUGUCUCAAUUUCAGGGGGGAUGAGGAGUCGGCCAGAGUCGCGUCGCUUGCGCAGCUGAAGAUGCUGCCGGGCAUGGGCAGUCGUACCAUUGAGAGGGCGUAUGAAGGGUUGGUAGUUUAGCAUCGGCUUCUGGGCAUCGGUUUUGCAAUUGGUGGUUGAGUAAGGUCUGGUCCUGGCUCAUUCAGCAUGCAUUGUUGCAUUGUUGCGAGGCGUUUGUGGUUUAAGAAGGGUCUGGUUGUUGGCAUUGCAUUUGCAUGUGGGUUUACCUCGUGCGGUUUUUCGCUUUGUUAACCCAUUGAAGACACUGCAUUAGCUGUAUACAUAAUAUACAAUACAGGCGUGGGGAUCACCGAGUGAAUACAUUGCAUGAUGGUGUUGACGGGAAUCAGUUCGAAUUCCCCUUUCU